AUGGCUGCUACGUUGAGAAAGCUUGAUGAUUUAGUUGGGUUUUGCUGCAGGGGACAAGCUGAGAAGGAGUUCAAGGUUGAAGUGGAAGCAAUUGGUCGUGUUCGCCAUAAGAAUUUAGUGAGGUUGCUUGGCUACUGUGCUGAAGCAUGCUUUAAUAAGCUUCAAGGAUGGAUGUACUUCAUAGCAUUCAUAAGGAACCUUGAGUACGCUCCUGGUGUUGUGCUUGUACCUAUGGGAAGCAGGACAGGAAAACCUUUUCGUACAACAAACCUGAUUGUUUUUGCACCUAAAAAUGUUCCAAAUGAUUCUGGAAAGAAUGGUUUUAUCGCGUGUGGAGAUGCGUUGAUAGUGGAUCCUGGGUGUCAGUCUAAAUUCCAUGAAGAGCUCAGACAAAUUGUAGCUGCUUUGCCGAGAAAGUUAAUUGUGUUUGUUACUCAUCAUCAUCGCGAUCAUGUGGAUGGUCUUUCAGUUAUUCAACGUUGCAAUCCUGAGGCUACAUUAUUAGCACAUGAAAACACCAUGCGACGCAUUGGGAAAGAUGACUGGUCUCUGGGCUUUACUGCUAUUUCUGGAACUGAAGAGAUUUGCAUUGGCGGUCAGCGGUUGAUUGCCAUUUUCUCUCCGAUGGGAUUUGCAAUAAAUCAAGGUAGUGCCAUACUGGAUGUUACUUCCGGGGGAAAUAUGACUGAUUACUUUCAAUCAACAUACAAAUUUAUGGAGAUUUCCCCACAUGCUUUGAUCCCCAUGCAUGGGAGAGUUAACCUCUGGCCAAAGCACAUGCUUUGUGGAUAUCUCAGGAACCGUAGAGGUAGAGAAAGUUCCAUCUUGAAAGCGAUAGAAAAUGGAGCUGAAACAUUAUUUGAUAUAGUUGCAAAUGUAUAUUCUAAGGUUGACCGUAGCUUUUGGAUUCCUGCUACAUCAAAUGUGAGGCUUCACGUGGAUCAUCUAAGCCAGCAAGAUAAGUUGCCAAAGAGGACAAACUUGUUGAGCACUUUCUUAUUGACUCGGGCAUAGAGGAGAGCAAGAAAACAAAGAUUAUAAAGAUCAUCAAUGGAAUGGGCCAAUUGUGAGUGAGACAUUCGAGGUUUUGUAGAAGCGAAUGGCAGCUGAAGGUUAAGAGCCAUCAAGAAUAGGAAUGUUUUUUUAUUCAUGUGUAGCUAGCUAAGAAUGCUCUUGUUUGGUGCAUUAUCUUGUUACUUGAAUGUAUUGAUGCUUGAAUAAUGGUACUUGAAUGAUAUAUAUGGAUUAGAGUAUUGUUUAUAUGGUAAUAUAUUGAGCAUUAUUCUG